UAAUUGUCACACAAUACACGAAGUAUUCCAACGUUACUGUGGCCAAAAGUAAACUAGACUGGAGCAGAAGGAAGAAACAAUUGGCGAUUGUCACGUGACCGAGCGUCUCAUCUUUUUGGGUUCUUUUUGGAUGGUGGAGAGCGAGCCAUUCUCCGCGAAGCACAGGACGAUGACCAAACUGCAGUUUUUGAACGUCUUCUUGACCGAGCGGCUCAUGCUUGCUGCGCAAGAGAUCUACAAGUCUGUGGAGGACACAAUUUUGGAGUACCAGGAGGAAAUAGCCAUCAGAGAGCGGGAGAACGACCAUCUGAGACGCAGGCUGCGAGAUGCUGGGAUUGAAAUAUGGCCAGACCGUCCAUCAAUGGCGUUGCUCGAAGAGGAGGAUGCUGAGCAUCCGCGACGCGAGUGGAGUCCUAGCAUGGGGCAUGAAGAGCGUAUUCCAAUCCAAGUCAAGGAUAAACGAGAUCUCCCGGCCAACCAAGGAGAGCUCCGUGGCCAUGGCUCUUGCAACGCUUCAGAAAACAUGUUCUCACCCGCGCAUGUCGCAAAUGAGUAUGUGCAGGAUGGCCCUCACACAUCUGCCUUGCCCCAGAGUCAAGGUAUGGAGAACAGAGAGCGGGAUCCUGACUCUCGGGGCUCCAUGAGGCACGUGAAGGCGGAGAGUGGAGGCUGCCACCGGGGCUCCGUUUCCUCCAAUAACAGCGGACAGCCCCUUGCGCCGGUCAACCCAAACUGCACCAAUGAGAACAACAUUGAUAUCAUAGGGGUGGAAAAUGGAGGGCAGAUGGUUGGCGCCAAAGGAAACGGACCUGUGGCAAACAGGGGACCAGCCUCUCACAUGCGCAACCAAGGAGCCAACGCAGUGGAGUGCCCACAUCAGAAAUCCCCCCUACAAGGCCACAUGUCAUCCUUCUCCUGCAAGGUUUGCGGUGAGGCGUUCAGUCACGUCGGCCACUUGCACGUGCACGUGCAGGUGCACACACGGGAGAAACCUUACCGCUGCGGCGUUUGCGGGAAGUGCUGCAGCUCCGCAGGCCGACUACAGGAGCACCAGCGCAGCCACACUGGGGAAAAACCCUUCCGCUGCCAGAUCUGUGGCAAGGGCUUUACCCAAAUGGCUCACCUCAAAGUGCACAUGAGGAUCCACACGGGGGAGAAGCCGUACAGCUGCCCCGUGUGCGGCAAGUGCUUCAGCCGCUCUGACAAAAUCAAAAGGCAUCUCCAGACACACACCCGAGAGGGGACCUAUUUUUCAGGACAAUGAUGUAAUGGUGCUGCUGAAUUUUUGAAUCAGAUUCAUGUGAUUUUUUUUCUUGUUAUUUUUUUACGAAAAUGAUUGCUGCCUGUUAGUAAGACCUUUGUACUGAUUUAAAACUUGGAAAUAUGUAAAUGUCUUUUAAAAAAAAAAAAAACUUCUUCAUUCCAUGUUCCCUUUUAAAAAAAAAUCAGGUUCCUACAUUUGACAUUUACGUUACAUUAUGUCAUAUUAAUAGUACCAGACUUUGAUUUAAUGCCUCAACCUUUAAAUACUCACGUCCGAUCACUGUGUAAAUUGUGGGUCGCGAUCCACUUCUCUGUAGUAAAACAUAUUCGCCACUUGGGGGCGCUCUUAUUUCAAUGAAGGAUCAGAUCAACUUCAUCAACGGUCAUCUUUUGUUCUUGUUUGACAGUUGAAUUAGAACAAUAUCCAAGUUGUGACAUCUGCUCCCUGGCUAACCAAAUUAGUUUGUACCUUUUCUACAGUGACAGUUACAAAUGUAAAAGCCCGAAUGAGCUCCAGUUCAUUCCAUUUGACAAGAAGUGGAGGGUUAGCGUGUUGCUUGUGCUGCUGCACUUUCAACACGUCGAAUCGUUUUUAGCCUGCAGUGAGAUGCCUCAUCCGGUCACUUGUCAAAGCCAAGGCAGGAAACGAAUCCAGGAAUUUCAGUGACAAGAGGCCCCUAGACUCUCAGUUUUGUGGGUGAUUUGAAUUCCAGUAUUUAUUUGCUGCCAAUAAAGAGAAAUGUCAUCUUUUUCAA